ACGAAAUUAGUUGCCCGAAUCAAUUUUUGUUGGUAAUACGCGAGUGCCCACGGUCAAGAAAAGGGUUUGAAGAGCCCUCGAAUCGAUCCGAUCAUGAAGUUAAUCGCUGCAGGAGCAGCCCUGCUGCUUCUUGCACUAAGUGCAAAUCAAACCAGUGCCAAUGAUCCCUUUGUGCACAUUUGGCAUUCGGGCCCCAUAAACUGCUACGAAUGCGACAGCCUGGCGGAGUGCGCCGCCGACUCUGGCACCCUGCGCAAGUGCCUCGACAACGACGCCCAGAACUGUGUGGCCAUCUUCGACAGCGACGGGGCUGUGGUGCAGCGCGGCUGCAGCGACAACCUGGUGACGGCCUGCUCGGCGGACCAGGACAAGUGCUACCAGUGCCGCUCCAAUGGCUGCAACAGCCUGAGUACCGACUCGGAGCUGGUGGAUUGCGUGUACUGCGACGCCCAGAGCGACGACAACUGCGUCUUCGACAUUGAGCUGGUGAAGGAUCGGCGACGGUGCCACCAGCAGUGCAUCACGGCCCUGUAUCCCACCACCAGUGACGCCAAGGCUCCCCUGGAGCUGGUGAGGACCUGCCUGGACGACCUGGACUACGACGAUCGCGAGGCCUGCGCCGAGGGAACCUUUCCGCAUUGUGUGGCCUGCACGGGAGCCAGUUGCAACCAGGUGGAGCUGGGCGUCCGAGGCAGCUGUAACUCCUGCCGCGGCGACUGCUCCAGUCCCCAGCCCCAGACCUGCCGCGCCGUGCCCGCCGACGACGACGUGGAGCACUGCUUCAUCGAGUUCGACGAGUCCGGAACGCUCGCCGCACAGGGCUGCCUCAGCCAGUUCAAUGUCAGCGAUGUGCAGCUCCUCGAGGAGAACAAACGCCUCUGGUACUGCUCCGGGGCGGACAACUGCAAUGUGGCUACCGCCCUCCCUGCGCCUCAGAGCUGCAAGCUAUGCAGCUCCAGAACUGAUGCCGACUGCGCCGUCGAUCCGGACCUGGUAGAGUCGGAGACGGAGUGCGACAACGCCGUGAACACGGACUGCUACACGCGGAUUCUGGGCAAUGGACACACGGAGCGCGGUUGCCUGACGACUCUGGAGGGCGCGGAGUACCUGGAUUGUCUGCGCGAAAGCAAUGCCACGCAGUGCGCCAAGUGCUCCGGAGAGAACUGCAACCUGAAGCUGCAUCCCACCGAGCGGUUGAGCUGUCAGACCUGCGACUCCACCGAGGACCCCAAUUGCGAGGCGUCUCCAGCCUCCGCCGCCCUCUGCCUGCUGCACACCGGCAGCCAGCACUGCGUGACCAGCCUGGACCUGGCCGGAAACACCAAGCGCGGAUGCAGUGCCUCGCUGGAGUGCGACUCGACGAGUCCCCAGAAGUGCCAGCUCUGCUCUGGCUCUGAUUGCAACACGGCCAACCUGAAGCGUCUGGAGGACGGCAAUCCGGGUCCCUGGCAGCAGGAACUGCCGCUCAGCUGUCAGAGCUGCCAGGACACCGCCUCCUGCGCGGCCAGCACCAUUGAGGAAGUGUCCUGCGCCACCGAGGCGGAGUACUGCAUGACGGUCUUCGAUGCGACGGGUGUGGUCUCCGCUCGGGGCUGCAGCCAGGUGGUGGAGGAGUCCUUCGGGGCGUACUGCGAUGCCAACGGCGGCAGCUGCCACAACUGCAACUCCAACGGCUGCAACAGGGCCACAUCCCUGGACAGCUACACAGCGUGCCUCUACUGCGAUGCCGAGAAUACCGACUGUGCCCGCAAUCCCACGAAGGUCGAGGCCAGACGCAGCUGCAACGGCCAUUGCAUGACUGCCCUGCGGCGCCGGUCCAGUGAGAGCACCGUCUACGACACCGUGCGCGGCUGCCUGGACGACAAGGACGAGGAGGACCAGCAGCGAUGCAUCAACGGAGAGGACAGCGAUUGUGUGGCCUGCGACGAGGCCGACUGCAACGUGGCACAGCUUGUCGAGGCCACACUCAGCUGCUACCAGUGCUCCGGCGAGGAGUGUGGUGAUCCCAGUCCUCUGCAGUGCGGAGAGUACAGUCCCGAGGACCGGUGCUACAUCCUGUUCAACCAGGACGACGGGGACAUCACCUCCAUGGGCUGUCUGUCCGACCUGGAGGACGAGUUCGUCGACGACAACUUCCACUCGCUGCUCUUCUGCGACGAGGCCAACUGCAACUUCUUCGACAACCUGCCCACGGCCACCAGUUGCGUGGCCUGCGACUCCUCGGAGGAUCCCAACUGCGCCGUGGAUCCCAGCAAGAUCGCCCUGAUCGGCAGGUGCGGCGUCCUGCCCUACACCAGCUGCAUGACGCGUGUGACAAAUGGCAUCACGCAACGCGGCUGUCUGAGCAGCCUGCCACGCGAGCAGCUGACCGCGUGCCUCUCGGGCAACAGCAGCUGCGAAGUUUGCGAGGGCGAACGCUGCAACACGGACAUCUAUCCCGCCGAUCGUCGGCGCUGCCAGCGCUGUGACUCUGUGACGGAUCCCAGCUGCUCCUCCGCCCCGGACGCAGCCAGCGUCUGCCCCUUCUAUCUGACGGACGAGGGCUGCAGCGCCAAGCUGGUGAGCGGCAAGACCUACCGCGGCUGCCAGCGGGAGUUCACCUGCGAUGACACCGACAAGCAGCACUGCCGCCUCUGCUCCGGCAAGGACAACUGCAACGUGGCGGACCUCCAGAGCUCCUACAUCGGCUACCCCGGCAAGUGGUCCACGCCGCCCGUCAACUGCUACACCUGCAACGGCACCGAGUGCCAGGGCACGAGCCUGGGCUCCCUGAAGAAGUGCGUGGACAACGACGAACAGAACUGUGCCACCGUCUUCGACACCGCGGGUCUGGUGGUGCUUCGCGGCUGCACGGAUGAGCUGUACGCGGACGAGGAGCUGCUGCAGUUCUGCGACGAGCAGCCGGGUCAGUGCAAGUUCUGCAAGUCCACGGCCUGCAACAAUGCCAGGGACCUGGACACCUACGUGGACUGCCUCUUGUGCGAUGGCGCCGACCAGGCGGAGUGCGUCCGCAAAGUGGACGACGUGACGCGGAGCAUCUCCUGCCAGGGCAGCUGCUUCACCGGUCUCUAUCCCCGCAACUCGGAGGCCAAUACCAUCCUCGAUCUGGCCCGCGGCUGUCUGGACGAUCUGGAGUACGACGAUCGCUCGGCCUGCACCGACGGCACCUUGGACCACUGCGUGGCCUGCUCGGGCGCCAAUUGCAACAAUGCCGCUGUGCCCGAAGAUCGCCUCAGCUGCAAUUUCUGUACGGGCUCCUCCGACUGCGCCACCCCCGAGAGUCAGCUCUGCCUCGGCUAUCGCUCCGCCGAUCAGUGCUACAUUCAUGUGGGCGACCUCAGCGUCGAGAAGAUGGGCUGUGCCUCAGAUCUGGAGGACGCGUUCCUGCUGGCCAAUCGCCGGGACCUGUUGCUGUGCUCCGGCGACAACUGCAACACGAACGACAAGCUUAACACCGUUGGAGUUUCGUGCAACAUUUGCAACUCCACCGGGGAUGCUGGAUGUGUGGCAGGUGAUGAGCCCGUAGAAGCGGCUGUCUGCCAGCACUACAUCAAUCCAGAGUGUUACAGCCACAUCGAUGAAGACGGCGUCCUGCACCGCGGCUGCCUGAUGGACACGGACGACGAGCUCUUUGACGAAUGCUCCAGUGGCAGCAGCGCCAGCUGCCAGAUCUGCGGCACCAACGGCUGCAACUCAGAGGUGUACCCCGCGGAUUGGCUGCAGUGCCUGCGCUGCGACUCCAACAGCGAUGCGGACUGUGCCACGGCCCCCGCCAGCUACGGCGGCUACUGUCGCACCUACAAUAAGGAGGACGCCUGCGUGACCAGUCUGUCCAAGGGGCGCACCCGUCGCGGCUGUCAGUCGGAGAUCAACUGCGACGAGAGCCAGGCCGGCACCUGCCGCACCUGCUCCGGGGAGAACUGCAACGAUGUGGACCUGCAGUCCGGAUAUGUGGGUGAGCCCGGCAAGUGGCAGGAUCUCCCGCUGAGCUGCCACGUGUGCAAUGAUGCCGCCAGUUGUGCUUCGGUGGGCUCGGAGCCCGCCCAGUGCCAGGGCAACAACAAGCAGACCUGCGUCACAGUCUUCAAUGCGGCGGGUCAGGUGGUGGCCAGGGGAUGCAGCGACGCCGUGCAGUCGGCCAACGCGGACUACUGCGACCUGAACAGGGACAGCUGUCCGCAGUGCAAGUCGGAUGGUUGCAACAACGCCCUCAGCCUGGACGCGUACGUGGACUGCUACUUCUGCGACGCGGAUGAGGACUCAUCCUGCGCCUGGGAGACGCCCACGAGCACUAGGAAGUGCCAGGGCCAGUGCAUGACGGGCUUGUAUCCACGCAGCUCCUCCGUCGACUCGGCUCUGCUGCCGAUCCGCGGCUGUCUGGACGAUCUCAACGAAGCGGAGCGCACCACCUGCGCCGCAGGAACCCACGCCAACUGCAACUCCUGUGAGGGAGCACUCUGCAACGGCGGCGACAUCAUCGAGAACCCCCAGGAGUGCUACGUCUGCUCCGACCCCGAGUGCGAGGAUCCGACCACGACCAAGUGCCUGGCCUACAGGCCCGAGGAUCAAUGCUACCUCGCCUACAACGCGGGCGACGUGGUGGCCAUGGGCUGUGCCAGCGACUUCGAGACGCAGGUCAUCAAGGAGCUGGUGGCCCAGAAGGCCAUGUUUCUGUGCUCCGGCAACAACUGCAACUUCUACGACAUCGUUCCCGAUCCGAACAGCUGUCUGCAGUGCAAUUCUCUGGUGGAUGCUCGCUGCGCAACGCAUCCCAACCAACUGCAGACCACCGACGUGUGCGCCGACCUGCCGUACACGGAGUGCGUCACCCACAUCGAUGCCAAGGGCACAACCGUCCGCGGCUGCCUCUCGAGCCUCGAUAGCGACGACUUCUACGGCUGCCUCACCGGCGACCACGGAGGACUCUGCGACACCUGCACUGGCACCAAUUGCAACGGGUUGACUGUCUUCCCGGCGGAUCGUCGCAGCUGCUAUCAGUGCGACUCCGCCAGCGACCCCAACUGCGCCUCGUCCCCCAGCAGCGGCAGCAGCACCGUGUGCCCCGUGUAUGCCAACGAAGACUCCUGCGUGACGACCCUGCUCGACGGCGUGACCCACAGGGGCUGCGGCUCCAGCCUGAGCUGCUCGGACCCCAGUGACUCCCGCACUUGCCGCAUCUGCAGCGGCGCCAACGGAUGCAACACCAUCGAUUUGGGGCGGAUCAAUGAGGAUGGCUUCCCCGGCACCUGGCAAGAGGUUCCCAUCAGCUGCCUGGCCUGCUCCGGCGCCACAGAGUGCGCCGCCACCGGUGGCGGAACCCUCGAGACGUGCACCAGCUAUGACAACUGUGUGACGGUGUUCGACGCCAGCGGAGCCGUGACGGAGCGCGGGUGCUCCGAGAAGGUCUUCGAGGCAUCCUCCUACUGCGAGGAGCAGCCCAGCCGGUGUCCCCGCUGCAACUCCAACGGCUGCAACGUGGCCAACAGCCAGGACUCCUAUGUGGAGUGUCUGGUCUGCGACUCCAGCCAGAAUUCCGCGUGCCUGGCGGAGCCCGACUCGAUCGGCAAGACGCGCCAGUGCCACGAGAGCUGUGUGUCCGCCUUCUUGCCCCUGUUCGGCGAAACGACGGACCCCAGCUACGCUCUGGUGCGCAACUGCUACGACGAUCUGGAGAAGGAGGACCGCGACGCAUGCAAGGCCGGCAGCAAAUCGUUCUGUGCCACCUGCGACGAGGCCAAGUGCAACACGGAGGAUCUGGUGGCCUCGCGGCACAGCUGCCUGAUCUGCCAGGGCGACGACUGCCAGAAAGCGGAGGCCACCAUCUGCUCCAACUACAGGGAUAACGACCAGUGCUACAUUCGCUUCGAUGAGCAGCGCUCCGUCUCCGCCCUCGGCUGCGUGAGCGAGCUCAGCCACGAGGAGAUUUUGCAGCUGCAGCGCGCCAAGCUGCUGCUCACCUGCGGCGAGGAGAACUGCAACACCAUUGAGUCUCUGCCCGAGGCCCAGACCUGUGCUCUGUGCAGCUCCCGCACGGACGCCAGCUGUGCCAUUACUCCCGGGAGCGUGGCCAGUGUCACCAGCUGCGAGGUGACGGGUCUGCCUGAGUGCUACUCGCGUGUCCUGUCCGACGGCAGCACCGAGCGCGGCUGCCUGUCCAGCCUGGAGGAUGACGAGUUCCUCUCCUGCUACAACGGCACCUCCGCCAACUGCAGCUCCUGCCAAGGCGCCUCCUGCAACAAGGAGGUGUAUCCCGCCGACCGCCGCUCCUGCCACGUGUGCAACUCGGACACUGACGCCACCUGCGAGUCCGACCCGAGCAGCCUAACCGUGUGCUACCUGUACGAGGCCGAGGACCAGUGUGUGACCAAUCUGCGCAACGGCGUCACCUACAGGGGCUGCUCCACCUCCCUCAGCUGCGAGGCAGACUCCAAGACGUGCGUCUACUGCGAGGGCGACGGCUGCAACCAGGUGGAUCUGGCCGCCAAGGCGGACGACAACCAUGGCAAGUGGCAGGAUCUGCCGCUUAGCUGUCUGACCUGCGAGGGCACGGCCUGCCAGGAGGAGAACAUUCCGAGUGUCAAGUGCCAGGACAACAACGAGCAGGACUGCCUCACAGUCUUUGGCACCGACGGCGUAGUCACCCGUCGCGGCUGCCAGGACGCGGUCGAAGCGGAUGCCUCCGUAUCCACCUACUGUGGCAUCAACGAGGCCAGCUGCCCCUCUUGCAAGUCCAACAACUGCAACAGCGCCAACGAUCUGAGCCAAUACAACACCUGCAUCUACUGCGACACCUUCAAGGACGCCAGCUGCCUGUGGGAGCCGCUCAUGGCGAGCCACAAGACCCGCCAGUGCCAGGGCGGCUGCAUGACCGCCCUGUACGGCAGCUCUGACUCCGGACUCGACCUCAUCCGCAGCUGUUUGGAUGACAAGGAAGAGUCCGACCGGCUCACCUGCUCAGCGGGCACGGACUCCACCUGCUCCGCCUGCAGCGAAGCUUCGUGCAAUGUCCAAAGCCUGCCCGAGGAUCGCCUCAGCUGCUACACCUGCGUCGGCGACGAGUGUGAGGAUCCCUCGCCCAAGCCGUGCGCCGUCUACAAGCCCAACGACAGCUGUUUCCUGUGGAUGGACGAGGACAACAGCAUCCAGCAGCUGGGAUGCGUGGGCUCUUUCCGCAACCAAGACGAGGAAAGCAUCAUCAAGACCAAGCGCAUUUCCGUCUGCCAAGGCGCCAACUGCAACGUCCCCCAGCUCCCGGUACCCGUUCGCUGUGCCGUGUGCGACUCUCGCGAGGAUCCCUCCUGCGCCACCAAUGCCCAGGCCGUCGGCAGCUUCGACACCUGCAGCCAAAUGCCGCAUACCGGCUGUGUCACGCGCCUUCUGAGCGAUGGUGCCACCACACGAGGAUGUCUGUACGACCAGGAACAGUCCGACUUUGCCGCUUGCCUGCUGGGCAGCGAUGCCAACUGCUCCGUGUGCUCUUCUGAUGGCUGCAAUCGUGAAAUCUUCCCUGCGGAUCGUCAAUUGUGCUACACGUGCACCUCUGAGGACGACGUCUUCUGCGAGUCGGAUCCCAGCUACGCCUUGGCCUGUCCCUGGGUCAGCGAUACAGAGACGUGCAAGACCUCCCUGACCGCCGGAAAUGUGACCACUCGCGGCUGCAGCAGCAGCCUCGACUGUGAUCCGAGCGACUUCCGCAACUGCCGCAGCUGUGUGGGCAGCGAGUGCAAUGCCAUCGAUCUGGCCAACCGCCUGGAUGAUGGCCUGCAUGGAUUCUACCAGGAGCUGCCGCUCAAGUGCCACCAGUGCGAGGGCGAGCACUGCUUCAGCUCGCUGGGACCAGCAGUCGCGUGUGACCUGAACAUCGAGCAGGACUGCAAGACCGUAUUCGAGGCGGAUGGAGUGACGGUCCGUCGACGCGGCUGCUCGGAUGAUGUCGACGACUACGAGGAUCGCUACUGUCGCCAGAACCCCGAACUCUGCCCCAUCUGCAAGUCCAACGAAUGCAACGACGCCUGGAGCACCGAGGAGUUUGUGAGCUGUAUUUUCUGCAAUUCGGAAACUAAUGCGACCUGCAUCACGGAUCCCUCUGUCAGCGGCUUGGGCCGGCGACACUGCAAGGGCCAGUGCCUGGUGGCACUCCAUGGCGAACACCUCAUCCGCAGCUGUCUGGACGACAAGGAGCUCUACGAUCGGGACGACUGCAGCAGCGAUGAGAGCGGCACCAACUGUGCAGCCUGCUCCGGAGGAAGCUGCAACACAUUCGCCUUUCCCUCGGAUCGCCUCAGCUGCCACACCUGCGUGGACGCCGCCUGCACGAGCAGCCGCGCCCAGCCUUGUCUGGCCUACGACCAGGAGGACUACUGCUUCGCCAAGUACAACGAGGGGGCUGUGGAGCUGAUGGGCUGCGCCAGCAGCCAGAACAGCACCAGCCUCGAGCAGUGGCAUGAGGCCAAUCAGCUGUGGACCUGCACCGGCAAGGAGUGUAACGAUCUGAGCCGCCUGCCCGAGGACGACGAGUGCGUGUCGUGCGACUCCAGUAAGACCCUGGAGUGUGCCCAAAAUCCGGAAGCUGUGAACACCACUGUCACGUGCCACGUCCCCAACUCACAGUGCGUCGCCCGCCUGGAGAACGGACACACAAUAAGAGGCUGCCUCAGCGCUCUGAGCAGCAGCGACGGCGCCGCCUGUGAGGCCAACGGCACUUGCUCCGUCUGCUCCGGCAACAAGUGCAACAUCGAGAUCUUCCCCGCCAACCGACGCCGCUGCCACAUCUGCAACUCUGUUGCUCAAUUGGACUGCUCCACGGAUCCCAACUACCUGGCCGUUUGUCCCAUCUACGACGCCGACGAUAGUUGUGUCUCGGCCAAGGACUUCGACGGCCAUCUCAAACGCGGCUGUGCCAGCGAAAUCCAAUGCGUGAUCACCAACGAUGACUACUGCGAGGUCUGCAAGACGGAUGGCUGCAACACGGCCAAUUUGCCCGGAGCAGCGGGUCAUCUCUCCGCCAUGAGCCUGGGCCUGACCCUCAUCGUUUCCCUGGCCAUCAGCAUGCUGCGAUAGCCUCUCAUUCACCGAAAGAUGUGAUCGAUAGGUCGCCAUACUGUACAAUUAGUUAGCUUUAUAGAAUAGAAUAGAUUUCUCUGCUAGUUCUGAAGAGCCCUAGAUCUUCCCACGAACACGAACGAUUUGUAAAUAUACCAAACGAAAAUAUCAAAUAA